AUGCACUCCAUUCUACGCCCCAGAGGAAGGCGCUGUACCAUCUCCGGGCCAAGACCCUGGCCUCUGCUAGGGAAUGUAUUAGGUAUCGACAUGAAUGCUCCUUGGAUAAGCUACGCAGAAUGGAGCAAGACGUUUGGCAAGAUAUUUCUCACCACUAUGGUUGGGUUCGAUAUUGUUGUAGUCAGUGACGAGGCAAUAGCUCGCGACCUCCUCGAUGCUCGCUCUAGCAAGUAUUUGGGGAGGCUACCUUAUGGUUUAGACUUUCAUACGGGUCUAAUAGAUUACGCCGAUAAUUGGCGCUCUCACCGACGUCUACUUCAUCAACGCUUUCGCGCGGACGCAGCGCGGGGGUAUCGUGACAUGCAGUUACGGAAGGCUCGUCAGCUCAUCGCUAGCAUUACUGACUCGCCCGAGAACUAUCGAGAACAUAUACAAACGUUCUCUUCAUCGGUGAUCCUGUCGGCCGCGUAUGGAUACCAUGCUCGCCCCGUCAAAGACCAGCUUGUCGAGAAAAUGACACACACCCUUGAGGUCAUGCUUCAAGCCGCUGCACCAGAGAAGGCAUUGUUAGUGGGGUUGUUACCGUUUGUUAAGUACAUCCCGUCGUGGAUACCCGGUGGAAGUUUCAACGCAGCAAGCUGUCGAAAAAGUAUCAAAGAACUUUCCCAUGAGCCAUUUCUCUGUCUUAAAGAGACUAUCGAACCCGAAUCUUCGUUGCCAAGUUUAGGUUACUCGGGAGUAUCUCGUCACUCGCAGCUUUCCGUCAAUAUGCCCCGGGAUAGUGAUCAGCAACUAGCCCAAGAUACUUCCUCAACGCUUUUCAUCUUCGUACUGGCGAUGGUACUUCACCCAAAAGUGCAGGAGCGCGCCUAUGCAGAAAUCAUGAACGUCUGCGGAACUGAUCGUAUCCCUAUGUUUGAUGAUAGUCCGGAACUUCCAUAUGUAGAUGCCAUCAUACGCGAGACACUGCGCUGGUAUCCAGUCGCUCCCCUGGGUAUACCUCACACUGCAACCGAAGAUGAUAUAUACAGAGAUGAUUUCAUACCCAAAGGCACGAUAAUCAUUAUAAAUGUGUGGGCAUUGGCCCACGAUGAGGCACGCUUCCCUCGAGCAAACGAGUUCAUCCCUGAGCGUUUUCUUACCGAAGAAGGGGCCUUGACAGAUGAAAGAGUCGACUUCGCUUUUGGCUUUGGUAGGCGUGUCUGCCCCGGAAACCAUUUCGCGGAUGCAUCGCUUUGGGCAUCCGUCACCUCUAUGCUCGCUACCUUCCGCUUCGAAAAGGCCAGGGACGGUCAGGGAAGAGAAAUAGAAUUCGAGCCCAAGUGGGCGUCUGGUACAACGUCCUAUCCGCGACCUUUCCCUUGUCGCAUUGUACCCAGAAACCCGGGAGUCGAUGUAAACACUUUGUCGCAGCUGUAG